AUUCUACCCACAGCUUCGAACCCAUUUCUAUUCGUCACACAAAGAUCAUGUAAGACGCUUUUGGUUAAAAAAAAAAGUGUUACUUUGAGGCAGAACCAUUUGCAAGCUUCAACUUUUACUCAAAGCAAAUACGUGUGAUAGAUGGAAUCCACAAGCUCCAGAAUCAAUGUUCCAAACUCUAGACAAUCUUCAAAGCGGCUUCUGUUUGACCGCCGCUAUGGAUGGGUAAUUGAUGAAUGGAAAGAGCCGGCAGAGGAAGCACUUGCUGGUGGCCGAGGAAUGUUUUGCAUAUUCCCACUUGCCAAAGCUUUGGUGCAGAUGGCCUCACAAUCGAUAAAUGCUACAGCAAUCUCGGCCAUAAAAGCUUCUCAAAAGCCAGAGUUAUUUUCUCAACAUAUGAAGAGUGCUGUAGAUGAUGGUGUUCAGAAUUUUAUGACGUCCUUGCAAAACAUGGGGUGUAAAGGUUACAUCCUCAACAAGAAUUCUCAGUCACAUGCUUCCAAUAGUUCUUCCCAAUCACAUAUAGAAAGCAAUGAAUGAUGAAGGGCACAAAGUUGUUAUAGCUUUGUCGUCAGAACUAAAACGAUUUAUCAUAAUAGUCUUGAUGUAGAAUCCUUGGUGAUUUAGGGAAAAAAAUAUUAUAAUCUAUGCAUAAAAAUUUUGUAAUCUAUGAUAAGCAAUACGACAUAGAAAGCACCUGCAGCUGAACCACCGAGAUUAUUGUUUAAAAAAUGUAAUAAAGACUAUAAAAGCCCGUUUGGAUGUGCUUUAAAAAAA